CGACAGAGCAGCAUUCGCUGCCGCUGCUGCCUCGUAACCACGUCGCCGACACAGCGACAAUCAUUGUCACCCACGUCUUCCGAAGAAGUGGUUCUCUCGUUUCUCUGCUUAGCCUCUGCACACCGCACUCCGCGUAGCGUAUACCGUACACUGCACUCGUGCCCGCAUCCUAAACCGAAUCUCGGUUCCGCCACUUCUUGUUUUGUACUAGCGUUAGAGUGGUCGUCUUUUAAAACGAACGACAAGAAACUUUUUUAAUAUCGGCAACAAUGCUCUAUAAUAAAACCUAACUUUAAACGAACUUUCAAAAAAACCUAUUGAGCUAAUGAAAGUGAACCACUGCGUCGGAAAUUUGACUAACUGAUUUUUUUUUUAUAUGGAAACGUAGUGAAAAACCAAUUGCAACAAUUAAAGUGAAAUUUAUACGAACAAUAGGAGUUACGUAAAUUAAAAACCGUCUUGUCUUUAAUUUUUAUUAAAGCACAGCAAAACUCCAGAGAAAGACCAAAUAGUAUGGACCAUAUGAUGAAUCCGUUCGUGUCGCCCGCUUAUCUACUCGCCCAUGGUCCACAUCCGCACGCACAUCCACAUGUCCAGCACACCCACCCGAAGGGUAGUGCCUCCUCGCCGGCCAGCUCUCCUGGAGGGUCGACCGGAUCGGGUGCAGCAUCUGGCGGAAUCUCAAAGCUGAAGCGCUGGGGAUCACCGCCUAUUAACCUGGCGGGACAGUUCAUAAAUCCUUCGACGGGAAAGAAGCGAGUCCAGUGCUCAAUCUGCUUCAAAACCUUCUGCGACAAAGGUGCCCUUAAGAUUCACUUUUCGGCGGUGCACCUGCGGGAAAUGCACAAAUGCACGGUCGAAGGCUGUAACAUGGUGUUUAGCUCGCGUCGUUCCAGGAACCGUCACAGUGCCAAUCCGAACCCAAAGCUGCACUCACCACACAUCCGGCGCAAGAUCUCGCCACAUGAUGGCCGCACGGCCCAGCAGUUUCCUGUGUUCGGGACAGGAGCCGCGGCUGCCGCCGCAGCUGCCGGUCACCUUCCUGUAGCUUUUCCUGGUCUUCUACCACCGCAUCACUCGCACCACACGCAGUCCUCGUACGUUAUGUUUGGCGGCCAGGGCCGAUUGCCCGGUCUGAACGUGCUUUCCGGCUGCCUGGAGCUCCCUGAUACAGAGUCUGAGGCAGCCAUCGAUACGGAGACAGAUGUGGCGGAAGGGGUUGGCUUCGAAUACGUUGACAUUCAGGCAAACAGUUCCAGCUCGACUGCUUCUUGCGAGGAGGAAAACGACCAGGACCAAGAUCAAGAUGAAGAGAUGCAUUGUAGUCUGAGCCUAACGAGCAGCAGCAGCACCAGCAGCAGCAGCAGCAGCAGUAACGACGAUGAGGACGGGGGCGACCAGCCUUUGGACUUUAGCUUGCACAAGCGACGGGACCGCAAAUGGGAGCAGGAACUAAAUCAGGAACAAGGGUCGGAAAAAGAACAUAACCGCAAAAAGCUUCUUCAUAGCAAGGAAUUUGAGUUGGAGAAGCGAUCGGCCAGUCCCAGCGGAGGCUCUUUCUCUAUGGACAGGCUUCUAGAAAAACGCAAGCGACAUGACAGCAACGCGUCCAAUUCGACCCGUUCCACAUCUGCCAAUGCCACUGCCGAUGCUGAUGCUGCCUCUUCUACUCUUGGUCUCGCCACAGAAAGCAGCAUGGAGUUGGAAGGUGACAGCAUAGACCUGUCUAGCCGACGGCUACUGCCACCCCCAAUGCUGGAAAUGGACGAGCAACACCAUAUCCGACUGCUGCAGACACAGAUGUUUGCCGCCGCAGCGGCAGCCGCCGCCGCUCAGUCGCCAAACACGUUCGCUUUGCCGUCGGGUGGAUCACCAGUGGAGCCACUGGGUGGGUCGCCGCCAAUGUGGAGCCUGCUGUCUGAAAUGUACCGCUCGAUUCUGCUAAAGACGCAGCAGCAGCAGCAGAAGCAUGAGCCCUUCCACCAGACCCAACAACCAGAACAUCAUUUGCACCUGAGUCAUCUAACACUUGAGCGCCACCAUCAGCAGCAGCCGCCAAAAUCGUCACCGGUGUCUAACGCAGCUAUAUCGGUAUAAAUUGCGGGGGAGUUGCUUAGUCAAAUUUUUUUUUUUUUUGAGUUCUUGUUUGUAAAGUCGUCUUAAGAGGGGCGGAAAUUGGAAGUGGAAAUAAAAUGCAUUAGCCGAAUAGAGGUCAUUAAAUGGCUGGCAGCUCUUAAACACCGCCGCCCUGAACCCCAGGUGUUACAACACGGACUUGAUCCGGAAUUUAGCUUUUUCGUGUUAUAUAAACUAGUGUUAUAUACAUUUUUUUUUAAGUAUGAAUGUUUACAGAAACAUCUAUGUGUAUAGUAUUUAAUCUGUUCCUCAGUGCAUCGGCAGGGUUCAAAGAGUGUGAGAGUGUAUGUGCGUAGGAUCUCAGUUUUUUUUUUUUUUUUGCUGGGACGAAAGAACAGGCAACGGGUUCGGGUUCCUGCCAUCUCCAUGGAUGCACAACGAAGUAUUAAAAUAAAAAAUAGGUAAUACACGCAUAUAUUAAAUAGUUCUAAGUACUUUUUUUUUGAAACCCCUAAAUAUGUUGCGUUGCAGUACUAACCGCAUGUAAGCUUUACUGAAACAUAUCCGAAGUCUAACGGAAUGCUCCAAACCUGUAAGCAGCUAAAUGUAGAUCGUAAGUGAACAAAAUGUAAAUGCUCCCAAGAAAUAGUAUUGCUCUAUACGAAACGAUUGUAUACUGUAUAACAUGAUUUUAAGUUUUUAUUAAAAAUAAAUAUGUCAAAAUUGGAAAAGAA